CAACGAUAUUUUCGGGAGAUUCAGCAACCACAAUGAGCGGCACGAACUUUAUUGUGAAGGAACAUAUCGUUCCAUGCCACCACAUUCGUGAAGAGCUUAUCACCUCUUCCCCCGAUGAUCCCUCUUGGCAAAUGCAGGCUAAACAGUACAUACCUAGAAAUAACUUUUCACCAAAAGAAGGCGACAUAACAAUAAUCAGCUCGCACGCCAAUGGGUUCCCAAUGGAGCUCUAUGAACCAUUCUGGGAUGAUCUACUCGCUGCCCUUAAUACUAAAAGCCUGAAAAUCCGCAACAUCUUCAUCAUAACACACCCACAUCUUUCCCCCUCCUCCCUGAACCCUGAGCUCGUCAAAGACGGAUCCCGAUUAGGGGACGCAGCACGGGACUUGCUCUCACUAGUGAACCAAUUUCGACACACAAUUCUCCAUCCAAUCAUGGGAAUUGGUCAUUCAAUCGGUGCAAGCCAACUUGUCUCUCUCUCACUGAUGCAUCCAUCGCUCUUCACUUCACUUGUCUUAAUUGAGCCAAUCAUCACGGAUAUUCCAAGUGAAGCCGGUGUUGAAAAGCUAGCUAUGGCUGCGAUACGGAGGAGGAGGGAUUGGAAGACUCGAGUUGAAGCGGAGGAGUACUUCAGGAAAGUGUGGAGCAAGUGGGAUGCAAGGGCUAGAGAAAGGUGGAACGCGAGUGCGCUGAUUCCUUGUGAUGCGAAAUUUGUACACGAAAAGACAGAAUUGGCGUGGGAUAGGUUGCAAGAGCUGGACGCUUAUAUGGAUACGUCCGAAUUAUGGGCUGGCGCUGUUGGUGCAAGUUUGGCGACUGGGAAAGGAAGUGCCGCGUGGAUACCGUUUCCACCGCAGAUCUGGGAGAGGUUGAAGGAUCUCGCGGUUCAUACCGUUUUCGUUUGUGGCAGUCAGAGUGAACAACAUGCGGAGAGAACGAGAAAACAUUGGAGAGAUUUCACUGGGACCAACGAGAAGUUUUGGCCGAGAGGUUUUCAGAGGAAGGUCGAACUUCACGAGAUGGUGGCGGUGGGGCAUCUCGUGCCAAUGGAGGCGGCAAGCAAGUGUGCUGAGCUUGUAGGAGUAUGGAUAGACGAAGAGAUGAAAAUGUGGCGGAAAGAUUGGGAUAAGAAUCGACGAUGGAGGCAUAUGAGUGAGAAGGACAAAUGCGAAGCUGUUGCGAGUUGGAUGACCGGAUUAAAAUCGCGGAUAUAAUAGCAAAAUAGAGCAAGACGUGAAAUUCUAAGAGGCAAUGCGUAUGCAGCCAAAAGGCUUCAAAGGCUUUCUCUGCUCGUGUUGGCGGGAGCAGGGUCGGAAAUUCGGAAUCAGCCUUCAAACAAUCCAAAUCGUUUCCUUCUUC